UUUGUGUAACGGACCUUUAUUUUAUUUAGAAAGGUGGCGCUGAAGCAUGGAUGCGGGAAUCACAAAAGCCGGGAUGACAUACGGAGCCUCCCCGAUGCCCGCAGACCUGACGCCCGCAGACACGGUCCCCACGGUGAAGAUCUUCGUGGGGAACCUCUCUGCUGACACGUCCCAGGAAGAGCUGGCUGCUGUGUUCGAGCCCUAUGGCACGGUGAUGAGCUGCAGUGUCCUGCGGCAGUUUGCGUUCGUGCACCUGGCGGGACGGGAGGGGGCGGCGCGCGCCGUCCAGGAGCUGCACGGGCGCGAGUUCCGGGGACGCAGCCUGGUGGUGGAGGAGUCGCGAGGCCGGCCCCGCAACUCCACCAAGGUGUUCGUGGGGAACCUGGCGGCUCUCUGCAGCGCUCCUGACCUGCAGGAGCUCUUCCAGACCUUCGGAAAAGUGCUGGAGUGCGACAAGGUCAAAGGCUAUGCCUUUGUCCACAUGGAGAGCCAAGAGGCUGCCCUGCAAGCCAUCGAAGCCCUGCAUGGGACCCGCUACAAAGGAAGACCCCUGUCCGUCGAGCUCUCCAAGGUUCAGCCCAGCAAGCGCCCGUCCACGGGCAAAAUCCCCUGCGUCAGCUGCGGCAAGUCUGGGCACUACGCCGGCGACUGCCCCCUGCUCCUGCCCCAGCCCCAGCCCCAGACAGCGCUGGAGCAGUACCAGAACCAAGCCGUGGCUGUGGCAGCUGGCGUGCCCUUACCUCCCCAGUACCAGGCCCUGCCGAGCUCCUUCUAUACCGCCUACCCCCCUUCCAUGUACGGUCCAGCCUAUGGGGCUGAUGGCACUCUGCUGUACAGGACCGUGCCUGAGCACAUGUACGGCUCCGUGGCUAAUGCGGCCACCUUCAACGCAAUGGCCAACCAGCUCUACGCCACGGUAGAAAAUCAGGGGUACACCCCCACUGUCG